AUGUCUUUUGAUGAAGUGAAAGAUCGUCUCUCUCGUUCUUUACCUCCUUACUUUGUUGCAGCCUACCAGAAGUUGCUAUAUGUUAUUGAUAUCAAAUUAGCACCCCAAGUGCUAGAUCCAGCUGCCAGGUUUAAGAAAGUAUUUCAAGAACAUCAAUCGAAAAGGUCCGAGGCAGAGGCGCUAGCAUACGCACAUGCUAUUUUGGCUGGUCUUGGAUGGGAAGAACUGGAUGACUUGGAGGUCUUCGUCGAUAAAACGGUUCAGAUCGAUGAUAGCUUGACAGAGGAACUGAAGCGUUUCGAGAAAUUUGAACAUGUUGUUUACAGCACUCUUAGGCCUUUCGGAGUUCAGUUUGAUGGAUAUCAAAUUAGUAGAUAUCUUUUGGCAGUCAAAGUUGUACUUAAGAACUUUUCUCUCGAUACGGAAGACUUUGUUGAAUGUUUUCUGCCAUUGGAGAAUAAGUUGGGUUCAUGCUCACGUGCUGUUGCAUUCACGAUAGCAGUACUGGAGAGAUCUAGCUGGGGACGUACUAGGACACUGAAACAGUUUGCAUCACCAGAUUUUGAUCUUAACACAGAGUAUCCUAAAGUUGACCUCUGCCUGACAGUUGCUGACUACUACGGUAGCAUGAGUGAGAAAGAGUUUAGCAGUGCUAAGCUUAUCACCUCUAUCGUUCAUCUCGAUCGUAGGAAUGUCAAUCGUUAUAAUCCAGUUAAUUUUACAAUACUACUUCUGCAGCAGAAUAUUAUAACGGUUGGUGAUGUAUCCAAUAUUGAGGAUAAAUCAAAGUCCUCCAUAUUUAUUCAAGACUACAAGGAGAGAUGUAGAGGUAUAUUGGCAAGUUCUAGUCACAAAACAGUUAUGAAAACUAAACCAGCUAGUCUCACAGCAUCUAUCAAGGAGAGACAUACCAAAAUGAAAGAUGAUUUUAAUUUCUUACUGAUGUUUGCUGCAAGUGAAGCUCUGAAAAAAAAGUCUCUGGAUGAGGUUAAGAGUUGUCUAAAAAAUAAAGUGAAAAAUGAAGUUGAAGCAAUUUUAGAUGCAGUAUCUUUAGCAAAAUUUCUUCAGCGAUAUUGUUUUCUUUCAAAUUUUUCUCUACUGAAGUAUAUGACAGAUGAUCUAAACCUCAAGGAAUCAAAGUCAACAAUUGAAAAGCUAGCUAAAGAGAGAGAUGCCUUCAAUAGCGAAGUACUUGCUAAAGAUUUCGCUACAGAAGGGAUCAUAGAUCACAAGAUUAAAAAUAACUACCAUGUGGAGAUGGUUGUUGUGACGUCAUGGAGUCCAUCUGAGGUAACCCUAGCAAGAUUUCAAAAAUGCAUUACUGAAGAGUUUAAAGAUGAAGAUCUUUCCAUGUUUGUGGCACUGAGAGCUGUACACCAGAGCUGGUUAACAUUUAUAUGUACUAUACCAUUCUUGUGUGUAGAUGCUAUUCGUAGAGUAGCUAAUGAAAUACGAUUAGCUGGAAUUGAGAGUAUUGCUAUUAAUCAUGAAGCACUACCUAGUUUUUAUGGUAGAGAAAUCAGAACUCAACAACAAGUUCCUGAUGCUGCCAUAAUUCCUCCUCCAAUCCCACCUCCUGAAUUAUUUCCAAAAAAGGGUGAUAAAAGUUAUGAGAAAGAUUUACCUAAUGACGCCACUAAAGAUAUCGUUAAAGAUAUAAAGAUUCUGCUAAUGACUGCAACUGAAAAUGAGCUUAGAGGAGUGCUGGGCUACUUGAAACCAUUAGAUAGUGCAAAAAAAAUUAUCGAAGCAUUCGUAAAUAAGUCUACUUGGAUUUACAUUGGAAAGUAUGGGAAGCACUCAGUUGUGGUUGGAAGGAGUGCAUAUGGUAAAAGUCAACAAGGUGGUUUAGAUGCUUAUGCAGUUACAAAGAAGAUAAUGGAGACAGAUCUAUUCGAGCCAAAGUAUAUAAUUGCAGUUGGAGUCUGCUAUGGAAUGAAUCAAAGCCAAGUACAACUUGGUGACGUCAUUGUUUCUGAUAUGAUUAUAGAUUUAUCUACCUAUCGUAAGGAACCAGCGAGUAUUGCAGCUCGUAGAGCUCAACCUCCAGCAGGAGUUACUCUUUUAUCAUUGUUUGGAAACACUUCUGAGUUUAAAAUGAAACAUUCUGAUAAAGAAAAUGCUGAAAUGGUUGAAGUCCAUUGUGGCCCCAUUGUUUCUUCUUCUGUUUUGGUCGAUGAUGCAGAAUUUAAAAAGCAGUUAAAAGAAGUACGUCCUGGUGCUCUCGGUGGUGAAAUGGAAGGAACUGGAAUAUUUCGUGCUGCUAGUGAUGUUCAUCAUAAAGUAGAUGCUAUAGUCAUUAAGGCUGUUGGUGAUUGGGCUGAUGGGAAGAAAGAUGAAUGCAAAGGUUGGAAGGAUUUCGCAUCUCAUGCAGCUGCUACAUAUGUUCAUUAUCAUUUAGACAAUGUUCCUGCAGAUGCUCUAAACUAAAAGAACUAGCUGUUGAGUUAAAUAAGUAGAAAGUCAUUGUUAGGAUUUUAGUAUUGUAAUUUUUUGCCUUUUGGAAAAACUAGUGAUUUGAAUGA